AUGAAUAAUAAUUCUAAUAUUAGAGAGGCGGUGCCUCAUUUUACUACUGAUAAUAAGAAUAAUGAAUCAGAGAAUUCAAUAAUGAAAAAGAACUUGACAUCCAAUUUUAUGGGUCAGGUAAAUAAUAAUAAGAACAGUACUACAUGUUCUUCAACUUAUUUAAAUAAUACAAAUAAUAUGAAUAUAUCAAAAGAUAAGAAUUAUAAUUCUAAUAUUAAUAAUGAUAAUAAUGCUUCUAUUAGUAUAACAAAUAGUUUAUUGAAUAAUGAUCAAAAUAUGUCUAUGAGACCACAAAUGGGAAUGAAUAAAAACUGUGGAGGUGGUUUACAUAAUUCAUAUCAAAAAUCUUUAUUAUCAUCUUAUAACAUGAAUAAUAUGUCUAUGAAUCACUUGAUGAAUAAUUCUAUUAAUAGGUAUAAUUCGUUAAAUAAUAAUUAUCCUCAUCAAGAUAUGAAUCAAACAAACAUGAACAUGACUAAUAUCAAAUCUGCAUUGCAGAAUAAUAAUAAUAAUAAUAAUAAUGAUGUGAAAGGAAAUAAUAUGAAGCAAAAUAGUUAUAUGAAUAAUAAUAUGAAUUAUCAAAGGAAUGAUAUGUUAAUGCGAAAUAAUUCCAAUUCGUUUAAUAUGCCAGGAAAUUUUUAUCCAUAUAAUAAUAGUAAUAAUAGUAACAAUAAUAAUAACAAUAAUAAUAGUAACAAUAAUAAUAACAAUAAUAAUAGUAACAAUAAUAAUAGUAACAAUAAUAAUAAUAACAAUAAUAAUAAUAACAAUAAUAAUAAUAGUUCAUAUUAUGGUGCAUCCUCAGUAAUGGGAUUAAAUUCCAAUACAAAUAAUAUGAUGAACAAUACAUCAUUAAAUAAUAAUUUUAAUAAUAAUAUGGGUGCAGAGAAUAAUAAUAAAACGAUGAAUUUAUUAAACAAGACCGGAGGAGGAAAUUUAGAUAAUACAUCACACCAACCAAUGAAAUCCUUACAAAGUACUGUGAACUUAAAUAAUAGAAAUAUUAACAGUAUGAAUAAUGUUAGUGGUAAUAAUAAUAGUAACUCAAUAAAUUCGAAUAAUAUAAAUUCUAAUAGUGUUUUUAAUAAUAAUAGUAAGGGUGUGAGUAGUUUUAUUUCCAACCCUAGUAUGAAUGUUAAAGGUAUAAGCAAUGUAUGUAAUAUAGCAUCAUAUAGAAAUAAUACUUCUUUUGAAAAAACCAAUAGUAUAAUAGAUAAUAAUAUGAGAUAUAUGAAUGUAUAUAAUAAAAUGGGUUAUAAUAAUAACGUUAAUGAUUAUCAGGCAUAUGAUAACUCAUCAGCUUUGAAUGAUAACUUAAAUAAUAAUAAGGACAAGCAGGGAAAAGAGGAAGGUAGUGGAAAUAAUGAAAAAAAUGGUACAUCAAACACUAUGAAUAAUGAUAAUAAUAAUAAUAAUAUUGGAGAUUCCAAAUUGAGAAAAAAAAGAGGAGAGAGUUUUAAUACCAAAGGGAUAAUAGGGAAUAAUGCUGAGUCCAUGAUAUUUAAAACAUAUAAAAAUAAUGACAUGGACGCAAAUAAUAAUAAUAAUAAUAAUAAUAAUAAGGAUAGUAUUAUGAAUAAUUUAUCAAAUAAUAAUAUUGGUGGAACAACAUCUAAUCCAUAUAAUUUAUAUUCGAAUUAUAAUUUGAAAUAUGCAAUGAAUAUGGAUAUGUUUAAUAAUAAUAAUAAUAUGGGUUCUUUUAAUAUGCUUAAUAGAAAUAUAAUGAACAAUCACUUAAAUAAUAAUAAUAAUAAUAAUUUUUCUGGUAUGUCCAUGUUUAAUAAUAUGGGUGAUAUGAAUAAUAAUAAUAAUAAUAAUAGUAGUAGUAGUAUGUUAUAUAAUAACAUGAACAAUUUUAAUUUAUUAAAUUCAUAUAAUAAUAAUGAUAACAACAAUAAUAUGAAUAGUAUUGGAGUAGGACUUAAUAGAUAUAAUGCAUACAAAAGUAUGGAAAAUUUAAAAAAUUAUAAUGAAGCACUUAUGAAUGGUGGUGCAGGUAAUAAUAAUUUAAGUAACCUUAUGAAUAUGAGCAAUUUUAAUAACAUGGUUUAUUUAAAUGGUCAUUCAUCUAUGAAUGAGAUGAAUAUGAGAUUAUUAAAUAAUGCAAAGUUCCUUCCAGGGAAUAUGGGUUUGAGUAAUAAUAAUUAUAUGAAUGAUUCUCAAUAUAUGAAUAAUAAUGAGAAUUUAUAUGGAAUGUUGUAUAAUAAUAUGGAUGAUAAAAAUAAUACGAAAUAUUCAAGAAAAGGUUCGUUAGGAGCUAAACAGCAACAACUACAACAACAACAGCAACAACAACAAGGGUUAUCAUCGACGAAGGGUAGAAAGUCGACAUCUCAGAAGAAGAAAAAAACAAAGAGUGCAACAACAGGAUCAGUAGGAACAUUAAAUGGUUUAGGAGGUGGAGAAGAAAAAUUAAAAAAAGGUGCUGCUGGAAAAAUAGGUGAUGAUUUUAUUAUGGAUAAUAAUGGUGAUAUAGUAAAUGAUGGAAAUCAUGAUGAGACUGAUUUGUAUGUGAAUACUUAUGUGAAGAAAUCCACAACAACCAAAAGUAGUACAAGAAAAUCAUCUUAUUAUUAUGAAACUGCAGAAGAUAAAUAUAAUGAGAAGGUUCGAAAGAAUGAAAAAUAUGACAUAUUUGUAUCUCCAAAUAUUGGAACGAUUGAAGGAGGCCGAACGAAUUUAAGACAGAGGAGGAAGGUGCAUAAUUAUGCUCAAAUGGAAGAUAAUUAUUUUGAAACCGAUGAGGAAGAUAAGAGAGUUGAUGAAGAGAAAUUUUUAUUGCGACAAGAAAAGCAGAGUAUGGGAGGAAUAGAUCGAGUAUUGCAUCAUAGAAAGAUAUUGGAUUAUGAUAAGAUAAAUAGUAUAAGUAAUAAUCCAUAUUUGUAUAUAAAUAAGAAGAAUAAGUUGAAGGAAAAAGAGAAAAGCUCAAAUGGUAAUAAUGAAAAAAUUGAUGGAUGUGAGGAUGGUUCAAAUAGUGGAAAGGUUAAUAAUGAUGAGAAUAAUGAAAAUGUGAAAGAUGAAAAUGUAAAAGAUGAAGAUGUAAAAAGUGAAGAUGUCAAAAAUGAAGAUGUAAAAAGUGAAGAUGUAAAAAAUGAAGAUGUCAAAAAUGAAGAUGUAAAAGAUGAAAAUUUGGCUGAUAAUAAUAUAAAUAAUAAUAAGGAUGAAAUGACUAAAGUCGAUUCUAACAAACAAACGAAUAAUAAUGGAGAUAACGAUGAUGGAAAUGGAGUUGAUGAAUUUUGCGAAGAAGAAGAUAUUGAGGAUAUUAAUGAAGUAGAGUUUUUAAUAAAAUGGAUAGACAGAUCUCAUAUUCAUAACUUUUUUUGUACUUAUGAUUAUUUGAAAAAUUUCCAUGGUAUAAAGAAAGUAGACAAUUAUAUUAAAAAGAUAAGGCAAUCAUUUCAAAAGAGAAAGUUUAUGACAGCUGAUGAAAUAGAACAAGAAAAGAUAUAUUCUGAGAUUAAGAAGCAGAUCGAAAUGGAUGCUAUCCAAGCAGAGAGAAUAGUUAUGCAUAAAAUUAGUGACAUUACAAAUGAGCAAGUAUUUUUAGUAAAAUGGACUAGUUGUGCCUAUGACCAAUGUACGGAAGAAACGAAACAGACAUUAAUAGAUCAUGGAUUUGCUAAAUUAAUUGAAGAAUAUUUUGAUAGGGAAAGUAAAAUAUAUGGUAUGAAAGCUAUGGCAAGUGUAUGGAAUAGAGGACCUUUAAGUGUUACUAAGUUUGAUCCUUAUCAUGAAACUCCAUUUUAUUUAAAUGAGAAAAAAUUAAGAGCUUAUCAAUUAACAGGAUUAAAUUGGAUUGUGAGUAGAAUGAAAAGGAAUUUGAGUGUACUUUUAGCUGAUGAAAUGGGUUUAGGUAAAACGGUUCAAACUAUUGCAGUUGUUGGUCAUAUGUUAUAUAAAGAAAAAUUGAUUGGUCCAUAUUUAGUUAUAGUGCCACAAUCAACUGUUGAUAAUUGGUUGAAUGAAUUUAAAAGUUGGUUACCUCAAGCAAAUGUAGUAUGUUAUCAUGGAAAUGCUGUAAGUAGAGAAUUAAUUAGAACUCAUGAAUUAAAAAAGGUUUAUGUACCGAAUAAAGGAUAUCGUUACAAAUUUGAUGUCUGUAUCACUACACCAUCUAUAUUAAAUAGUGUUAGUGAUGUAGAGUUAUUGAAAAAAAUGCCAUGGCAAUUAAUGGUGGUUGAUGAAGCACAUCAAUUAAAAAAUAGACAAUCAAAAAGAUUUAUUGAAUUAAAACAAUUUAUGGCAGAAUCUAAAUUAUUAUUAAGUGGUACUCCCUUACACAAUAAUUUAGAAGAAUUAUGGACCUUGUUACAUUUCUUAAAUCCACAACAGUACACUUACUAUGAAACCUUUCAAAAGAAAUAUAAUGAAAUUGAAAAUACAAGUUUGAUUGGUGAAGCAAAACAAAAACAAUUAAUACAAUUACAACAUGAAUUACAUGAGGUUAUAUUAAGAAGAGUUAAAAAAGAUGUGGAAAAAUCGCUUCCAAAUAAAGUUGAACGUAUAUUAAGAGUUGAAUUAUCCCCUAUACAGAUUGAAUAUUAUAAGAACAUUUUGACCAAAAAUUAUGAACAACUAGCAAAAGCUUCAGGGGGUGCAAAAAAUUCUUUACAAAAUAUAUGUAUGGAAUUAAAGAAGGUAUGUAAUCAUCCAUUUUUAUGUGCUGAACCGUUAGAUAAGGAUGAAUAUAAAGAACGUUUAGUUUAUUCUAGUGGAAAAAUUUGUUUAUUAGAAAAGUUAUUAAUUAGAUUAAAAGAAAGAGGAAAUCGUGUAUUAAUUUUUUCUCAAAUGGUGAAAAUGUUAAAUAUUUUAAGUGAGUAUUUAACAUUAAGAGGAUUUAAACAUCAACGAUUGGAUGGUACGAUGACCAAAGAAAUGAGAAAAAAGGCAAUGAACCAUUUUAAUAGUAAGAAUUCAGAUGAUUUUGUAUUCUUAUUAUCAACAAAAGCUGGUGGUUUAGGUAUUAAUUUAACAUCUGCUGAUACGGUUAUUAUAUAUGACUCUGAUUGGAAUCCUCAAAAUGAUUUACAGGCAGGAGCAAGAGCACAUCGUAUUGGUCAAACGAAGACGGUUCAAAUAUAUCGUUUGGUAACAAAAGAUUCGAUUGAACAAACUAUAUUAGAAAGAGCAAAAGUAAAAAUGGUGUUAGAUACAUUGGUUGUUCAAGGUUUAAACAAGAAACAAAAUGACAAUGUGAAUUAUGUAGGUGGUGAGACUGGUGGUUCAUCGAAUGGUUUUACAAGAGAAGAGUUAUCUAAAAUAUUAAAGUUUGGUGCUCAGAAAUUAUGGGAGAAAAACAGUUCUAAAUAUUCUCCUCAAAAAUUGGAUGAGGACAAAAAUGCGAUAAAAGGGGUAGAUGUUGAUUUAGAUAAAAUUUUGGAAGAAGCAGAAAUAAAUGAAAAUGCGAAUAAUGCAAAUAAAGAAUUAAGUUUGAAUUCUGAAUUGAAUGCAUUACAAGGUUCUAGUAAUUUUUUUAAUAGUGGAAAUAGUUUAUUUGGAAAUACAAAUUUGGUUGGUACCAAUGGGGCCACAGCAGGAAGUGGAGGAAUAGCAGAUGAUUUGUUAAGUUCAUAUAAUAACAUUACAGAAUUUAAAUAUGAGCCUCCAGCAAAUUUGAAGAGUAAUAUAUAUAACGAUUCAACAAAAGCAGACGAGGUAGAUGAAGAAGAGAAUGAUAAAGAUUUUUGGGAUAAGACCAUACCGUUAGAAGAACGAUUAAAAUUGAAAAGAAUGAAAGAGGAAGAAUUAUUAGUACAUGGUCCAAGAAAAACGAGAGCAAAAGAUAUGAGAAGUGUAUUAUAUAUGGAUCAUGGACAUUAUAAUACGGGUUCAUCUCAUCAUAAUAACAAUGCUCAUGGAAAUAAUAAUGACGAUGAGGAUAGUGAUGAAUUUACUAUCAAAUAUAAUGAUAAGAAUAGUAAGCAUUUAAAAAAGAAGCGACAAAGAAGAACAUCAACACAUAUAACUGAAAAGGACAAAUUUAGAUUAUAUAGAUCAUUGUUAAAAUUUGGAAAUCCAAGUUUGCGUUUGGAUGACAUUCAAGAGGAUGCAAAAUUGACUAAAGUAGACAAGAACGUAAUAUUGACAGAAUUGAAUAUAAUUGUUGAGACUUGUAACGAAAUAGUUGAGAGGGUAUCUAAAAAUGAGUCUGUUGAUGAUAAUAAAGCAAAAGGUUCAAUUAAUGAUGUGGGUGAUGUGAAUUCCAAAGAUGAUGGUAAUAAAAUGAAGAAAGGAAUAGAAGAAGAGAACCCAGAUGCCUCUUUAAAUACAAAGGAUGAAGAGGAUAAUAAUGCAUCUACAACAGGAAGUAAUAAUGUAACAACAAUGUCUUGUGACGAUUCGAAUAAGCAAGAUGAUAAUAAAAAGAAAGUUGAAGAAGAAGGAGAGAAGGAUGAUACUUUGACGAAUGAUAACAAUGCAAAGGAGGAUGAAGAAGUAGGAACGAUUGGAACGGUUGUGAGCAAAAGAAGGCGAGGCAGUACAUUGAAUAGUAACAGUAGUAGUGUUAUGAGUCAUGGUAUGAGAACUCGAGACAAGGCUUCCAAAGAUGAAGAUAAUAAUAAUAAUAAUAAAGAAGAUGAUGGUGGUAACAAUAAAGAAGAUGAUGGUAACAAUAAAAAUGAUGGUAACAAUAAAAAUGAUGAUGAUAACAAUAAAAAUGAUGAAAACACUAAAAAUGAUGAUAACAAUAAAAAUGAUGAUAACAAUAAAAAUGAUGAUAGUGUGGAGGAUGAACUUUUGCUUAAUCAGAACGAUGAUGACCAAUUAAAUACCAAAAAUAAUGAAAAUUCGAAUGACGAAAGUGACGGCGGAAAUAAUAAAGCGAAAGGGCUAGAUAAAGGGAAGAAAAUGGAUGCAUACACCUUUUUUAUAGGAACAAAUAGAGCAAAUGCUUUAGAUUUAUGUCAACGACUAAAAUUAUUUGAAGCUUUACAUAAUUUUAUUAAAGAACAAAAUAAUGACAAUGAGUAUAGUUUUAAGUUGCCACUAAAAAAAUGUGAUGAAGUUGCAGGUGAAGAUGAGAAUGGAAAGAAUAACGAAAAAGAAAAAUCCGAAAAGGAUGAAAAGACUGAAGAUGGAAAUGUUAAGAAUAAAGAAGUAGAAGAGAAAAAUAAUAUAUGUGUAGAUGUGAUGAUCGAUUCUUCAAAAGAUUAUUUAAAAUUGAAACUUCCUGAUUGUAUAUUUAAACAUAUAAGAGAUUUGACAUCAAAAGAUGUAAAAUCAUGGACAAGAACAGAUGAUGAAAAUUUAAUUAGAGGAGUAUAUGUAUAUGGUUUUGGAUCAUUUAAUGAAAUAUGUGCAGAUGUACAUUUGAAUUUGAGUCAUAUGAAAAAUAUAAAAUGUGAUAAGGUUAAAAUGAGAUGUGUGAGAAUAUUAAGGAUGAUAGAGGAGGUGUAUAAUAAUAAAGGGAAUGAACAAAGUGGGUGUAGAAAACGUCGUAGAACGAAAAAUAAAAAUAGUAUUAAUGUGGAAGGUGUUACAAUGGAUGGUAUUAUAAAAAAGGAAAAGCGAAAAUACAAUACUAGCAGUAAUAAUAAUAAUAGAGAUUUAGAUAUAGAUGUAGAUGCAUAUAAUGAUGAUGUUGAUGGGGUGGAUGAUGGUGAAUAUAACGAAUCUUCAAGCAAGGGUCAUCUAAAAAGUGGUGCCUUGAUUAAGGUAGAUAAAGGGAAUAACAAUAAUAAUAGCAAUACGACAAGUAGACUUAGUAGUAAUAGAAAAGGUGUUCAUUAUGGCAGAAGAAGUAGUGAGCGUAUGAAAUUUACUCAUUUAUUAGUAGACAAGAAUAGUGCUAGUGCUAUUAGGAAAAGGAGAGGUUAUAUAAAAAGAGGAAGUGCAGCAGGUGUAUCAUCAAGCAAUAUAGGUUUAGGAGGAGUAAGUGGAAAUUUUGUAGAUGAGCUGAAUGAAGAUAUAGAAGGAGAAGAUGAUUUUAUAGAAACACAAGAAGAUAAUGAAAAUAGUAAACAUCAUCAUAAUCAACAUAAUAAUUCUAAAAAAAGUAAGAAAAAAAGACAUACGAAUGCGGAUGUAUCAAAAGAUGAUAAAGAAUCAAAAAGGAAACGUGGACAUAAUAAAUUGAAAAAUGAAUAUGAUUAUUAUGAAAAUAAUGAGAAGGAAGAAGAUGAUGAAAGAGGAUCAAAGUUUAAUGAUAAUGAAUAUAAUGAUGAUAUUAUUGACGAUUAUAAUGACGAUUAUAAUGACGAUGAUGAUGAUGAUGAAAUUGAUCCCAACUUGAAAAGUUUACCAUUAAGAUUUCCUGUAAUUGAAAAAAAGAAAACUAAAUCGACAAUAUUAAAAAAUGCAAAGAAUGAAACGAUUGUAUGUAUUGAAUCUUCUGAUUCUUCAUCAUCUACUGAAGAUAAAAGUAUAAGAAGUAAAGAAGAUGAAUAUGACGAAGAGGAGGAGGAGGAGGAGGAAGACGACGAUGAUGAAGAAGACGAUGAUGAUGAAGACGAUGAUGAAGACGAUGAUGAAGAAGACGAUGAUGACGAAGACGAUGACGAUGAUGAGGAGGAAGAAGAAACUGGAAAAAGGAAAAGACGAAGAAACAGUAGAUAUUAUAAUAGCAAAAAUAAAUAUAAUAAAAAUAAUGAAAUGUUAGAUACAUCAAGUGUGGGUGUAAAUGAUGAAUAUAAAUAUGAAGAUGGAGAUACUUUGGAACGUAAAAAACGUAGUAAAGUAUUGGAUAAGAAGAAAAAGAAAUUAAAAAGGCGAAAAAAAGAGAAAAAAGACAAGAGAAAAAGAAAACGCAGAAAGAUAGUUGAUGAGAAUGAAAUAUUUGAUAAAAUAAAAAAUUUGAAUAUAAAUGAUAUGGAUUAUGAAGAACAACAACAUUGUAUAAAGAAGCUUGUAAAGAAAUAUAUGAAGAAAUAUAAAAAAUUAUUAAAAUUAAUAAAGAAGGUAAUAUUAUUAUCAGUAGAAAAUGCGAAUCAAGUGAAUAAUGAAGAGGAAAAUCAAUCACAGCUUGUUGUUCAUGAGCAGGAUCAACAAGAGGAUGUAUUAUUAUCAGGAAGAGGAAGAAGAACAAGAACGGGUACACGAACAAGUACAAGAACAAGUACAAGAAGAGAUAUGGAUUAUAAGAAAAUGGAAGGAGGAAGAAGAGGAGGAAAAUCAACAAGUGAUGUAACAACUACCAAUUCGUAUGAGAAGGAUGAACAUAUGAAUAAUACAAAUAAUAAUAUUAAGUCUGUGACAAAAUUAUUAUCACCUCAAGUACUUGAAAAGAUUGAGGAAUUUAUAAUUUUUAUUGGUAAAUAUAUUGAUAAAUUUUGUAAUAUAUGUAAUGAUGUUGAAUGUAAAGAAAAGUUAAUUCAAGCUUCAUGGGAGUAUGUUUCUAAAUUUGUUAUUAUAAUGGAUAGUACAAAUAAUAAAAGUACUGCUACUAAUAAUAAUAAAACGAAUAGUAAUAGUAGAUCUAAAGGCAAAGGUAGUAUUAAUACUGUGAAAAUGAAUAAUUAUGAAAGUGUGAGAGACAUAUAUAAGCAAUGGAAAGAUAAGAUGCAUGUUAAAGGUAGUCAUGAAACCAAUGAUGAUGAUGAUAAUAAUAAUGUAAUAGAAGAUGAAAAGGUAUUUAUAGAAUUUUUUUAUGCAAAAAAAGUAUCAUUUAAUAAAACCCAUACAACAACAGAUAGUAAUUAUAUGAAUAAUAAUUUGUAUAGUAAUAGUAAUGAAUUGUUAUAUAGUAAGAAAGGAAACAAAUCUGAAGAGUCCAUGUUGUCUAGGGUAAGAAGAACUGAAUUAUUGGAAGAAAAUAAUAUGAAUAUUAAUGAUUCUAAUGAAUCGAUAAAUGAAGAAUUGGAAGAUUAA